AUAGUAACUUGAUGACGAAACUUCUAAUCGCCACGUCGCCGUAAGCUAUGAGAUGACGAUGUUGUUACAAGGAUACUGAUAUAUUUCAGUUUAAGAACUAUAACCAUGUUGUAAAUGUGAUGGAAGCAGGUAUUGAUGAUGAAAAAUCUAUAGAGGCUGAUUCUAAAUUUGAGACUGAGGAGCGGCAGUCUGGCCCAAACAUGGCAGUCAGCAACCUCCCGCAUGUCAUCAACCUCAGCAACAGUAUCAUUGGUGUCACCAUCCUGGCUAUGCCCUUCUGUUUUAAACAGUGUGGUAUACUGCUGGGAGCUGUGCUCCUGUUUUUCUGCACCUGGUUGACUCUGGUAUCAUGCCGUAUGCUGAUGAAGGCUGGUAUUACCUCACGCAGGAGAUCCUAUGGAUUUCUUGCUUACUAUACUUAUGGUGCCCCAGGGAAGCUAGCUGUUGAAAUCGGGAUGAUAGGGCUACAGCUGGGAACACUGAUUGCCCAAGUUGUUAUUAUUGGUGACCUUGGUCCAGCCAUUGUGUCCAAGUACCUAGGACUGGAGAACAAUGGUAACCUGCGGAUGGGUCUGAUCUGUUUCCUGUGUCUGUGUGUUGGACUACCUCUUGGCCUGCUGAAGAACCUCAAUACUGUCAGCAGAGCCAGCACCUUGUGUAUUCUUUUUUAUGGAUUAUUCACUGUUUAUGUGUUCUCACUGUCCAUUCCAAAUCUAGUGUCUGGUGACUGGAUUAACAAAGUGAACCUCUGGAGGACUGAUGGACUAUUCAAAUGUCUGCCCAUCUUCUCAUUUGCUUUUGGUUGUCAAACGCAGCUGUUCAUUAUGUUUGAUAACCUGCCUGAGCCGUCCCUGAAGAGUGUCAACAACAUUGUACACAGUGCUGUUAACAUGUGUACCGUCUCCUAUCUCCUGACUGGAUUUUUUGGCUACAUCGCAUUCCACAAUAAAGAUAUAGGAGGAGACAUUGUGAAAGAUUUUGAAGUCAGUUUGGCAUCCGAUGUUCUCAAACUUGGUUUUGUCAUCUCCAUUGCUGUCACAUUCCCUCUUAUCAUCUACCCGUGCAGAGGGAGUCUCUACACCCUACUGUUUCCUCAAAGACAAAAACAUAGUGAUGACUUGGAGAAGAGGCCUGUUAUACCAGAACUUCACUUCAAAGUUCUCACCACCUUCAUUGUCCUUGGCUCAAUGAUAACAGGCAUCCUAGUCCCUAAUGUGGAAUUUGUAUUGGCCAUGAAUGGUGCUACCAUGGGAACCCUUAUCUGUUAUAUAUUUCCUGCUGUGUUCUUCCUACGGGUGAUGACAGGCUCAUCUGAGGGAAAGCUGAUUGCACAGGCUGUGUUAAUUUUAGGAUGUUUGAUCAUGGUACUGUGUACAUUGACCACACUGAACGCCCAAGAACAAGUUCAUGCUGUUGAAGUAGUGAAAGAUGAGAUUGUAAACAAGGACCUCCCUGUGGUACAUGACAAAGAAAAGCCCCUCCAGCCUCCGGUCCUUAACACUCAAGAUAAACACCUUCCUAAGGACAAACCUCCUGACAAAAUAGCCACAGGUGACAAAGUUGAUACUCUAUUGAGUAAAGAUGAAAAGGCUAAAGAUAAGCGUGUGGAGCCCCCCAAUCCUAGAGAACCGUCUGAGAAUGACAACCCACCAGACAAACCUGAUGUUAAAGAGACUUUAGAUAAACCAAAAGAAGAUUCUAACCUAAAAACCAAAAAGGUUGAUGAUGCACCGGUCGAAAAGAAAACUGGACAAGAAAAGGUAAUGGAAGGACAAGACCAGCUACAGAAGGCACCAGUCAUGAACAAGGAGGAGGAGGCAGGACAAGGAAAAGAUGUGGAUCAGAGUAAGGACACUGGACAGGAGGCAGGGCAAAUAAAGGCUCCUGUACAGAAGAAAGAGAGCAAUGUGGACGGGGGUGACAAGGAGCAAGCAGCAGAAAAGAAUAAUAGGAAACAGGAUGAAAUCAUCAAUGAACUAGAGAAGCAACGCGAGGUACAGCGAGAAUUGAUCGAGGAACAAAAAGAAAUCCUGGCACAGCUCAAAGAGCAUGAACAGGAACACAAACAGAUUGAUGCUGAGAAGCAACAGGCUAACAUUGGAGAAGCAGCAAUGGUAAAUCCACCAGCUGCUCAACAGGUAAACUCAAAGCAAGGUGUGGGUCAACCACUUGGAGGCAUUCAACAAGGUGUUGGCCAGCCAAUGGGAGGUGUUCAACAGCAGCAAGCCGCUGGCCAGCCAAUGGGAGGUGUUCAACAGCAGAAAGCCGCUGGCCAGCCAAUGGGAGGUGGUCAACAGCAGCAAGCUGCUGGUCAGCCAAUGGGAGGUGUUCAACAGCAGAAAGCGGCUGGCCAGCCAAUGGGAGGUGUUCAACUGCUGCAAGUCGCUGGCCAGCCAAUUGGAGGCGUUCAACAGCAGCAAGUUGUCAACCAUCCAUUGGGAGGAGUUCAACAACAGCGAGUUGUCAACCAACCAUUGGGAGGGGUUCAACAGCAGCAAGUUGUCAACCAACCAUUGGGAGGAGUUCAACAACAGCAAGGCCAGCCAAUUGGAGGAGUUCAACAACAACAAGUUGUCAACCAGCCAAUGGGAGGUAUACAACAAGCAGGAGGUGACCAGAGACUCGGAAACAUGCAACAGCAGGCUCCUGGUCAAGUUGUUGGUAAUCUCCAACAGGCUCCUGGUCAAGUUGUUGGUAAUCUCCAACAGGCUCCUGGUCAAAUUGUGGGUAAUCUCCAACAGGCUCCUGGUCAAGUUGUGGGUAAUAUUAAACAGCAAGCAAGGGAACAUGUAGCAGAUGUUUUAAAAGAGAUUGAUAAUAGACCCAUGCUACAAGCAAAAGCACCUGAUCAGAAUGCCAAUAUGAAAAAUUCAAAUGUUCCAAAAAAUGAAAAGAACUCGGUGAAGGACGGUGAUAUACAUAUGAAAAAGAAAUCUUCUAAAAAACAUAGAAAGGAGCAUAAAGAAGAGGUGCGUCAUCGUAGAGAUGUUGUCGAUGUUGUUGAUACACAUAAUGAUAUACCCAAUGAUAAAGAAGAAAUGGUCAAACCAAAACCACUGAACGAAGAAAUGAGAAGGAAAAAAUUGAGUAUUGAUGAAAAGCCAGAUUCAGACAUAAACGAUAUAUUUAAUAAUUUAGACUCUAUGAAUGACCUUUCUCUGUUCCAUGGUCGAUCUCUGAAAGAGGUCCUACAUAAAAGGUCAUAAAAAUUUUCUCCCAAUCUAAUUAAAAUCAAGACCUCUCCAGACAGCUUCUUUACCUACACAGAGAGAAGGAUUCUCUCUCAGCGUAGGUGACAAUGCGGUCUUGAGAGGUCUGAUUUUAAUUAGACUUACAUUUCUUCAUCACUGAUCCAUAAGAUUAUAAGGAACAUUGUGUUACAGAUGAUAUCUUUGUUGAGUUUUAAGAGAAAAAAAUCACAAAUUCAACAUUCAUCAUGAAUGUCUUGAUUAUUUAGUGGGAGCUAUAUCAGCACCAUGCCUACUGAUUAGGUACCUCAGAUUAUGUAGUGGUAUGGAUGAGGACUUAUAAAGCCUAGUCCCUAUCACCCUAGACACAUAAAACUUGGGAACUGAUAUCUUAAAUAGUAAUGUAAAUUUUCCUGAACUUUAAUGCUCAAACAUAAUCCAAUGAGGAACUUAUACUCUACAAACCAAAAAAAAAGGUACAAUCAGGUGAUUGAAGUGGAGGAAAAUAAGAGGUUCAUGACAUUGAAAAAAUAACAAUUUGGUAGUAGCAACUGUACUUCACAUUAAAAAAUAAUUUUCCAAACAUCAUGUAUGUUUUAAAUAUUUGAACAAUAUUUAAAGAAAUGAGUGUCUUAAAAUAUAGGGUUAAAGAAACAAAUGGUGUUUUUUUAUGAGAUUGAGGUAAAACAAAACAAAUAUCGUACUUUAAAACAAGUCUGCUGGCAAGUUGAGUUCAAAAUGUUCUGAUCAGAAACUGUUCAGGUAUUUGCCUCCUUGAGAGAAAAAUUUGGGACCAAUCACGAACUUAUGUCAACUUAAAAUUAGGAAUUGCCACAUAAUGGUAAUACCAUAUAUAGGGGGUGGGUUGUAUGCUAAAAUUCACAAAACUAAACUGACUUUGUUCUCACCAUUCAUAUAAGAGCUGGGACUACUUAUUGUGAUACUUCAAUGAUACAUGUAUUGAUGUGCAAUGUAAAAUAGCGCCAUAAUGUGAAAAUAUAUAAUAUCUAUGGGAAGACUGGUAACAUUUUCAUUUACACAUUUCUGAAAUGCACAUGCAUAAUGGAUUUGCUCAACUCGUUGAUAAGAGCUAAAUCGUGUAACUACUAAAAUGGAAAUGUGAAAAAAGCUAUAUUUAUUGAUGACAACAGAUAGCUCAGUGGUUUAUAGCUGUUGUAGAAGAGUUCCCGUAUCCUGGGUUCCAAUUCCAGUCUAGUUAAAGCAUGUUUUCUUUUCCCUCAUGUAUCAUGGAGGUAUAACGCAUUGUCCCAGUUAUACCAUGUAUGUGAUGUUGAAUGUAUGAAAUCCAGUUGUGUACAUAAUAUUUUAGUUAUGCACACGAAUUGUAAAAGAAAUGGCACCCAUAAGUGGAUCAUCAGUUCUAGCAACACAUAAUAUGUAUUAAUUAAGUUAACUGGGUAACACACCAAAUUUUUUAAAUCCAUCUUAUAAUAUGUUUUUUAAAAGGAUGUCUCAUCAGGUAUUGCAAUCAGAAGUCAUACUAGUACAGAGUACGAGUCAUGCUAAAUGUCAAAGACUUAGCACACUGGGCUCAAAGGACUAUGCUAGUGAUCUAUGCUAGUGAGUCACUGGGCUCAAAGGACUAUGCUAGUGAGCCACUGGGCUCACAGGACUGUGCUAGUGAGCCACUGGGCUCAAAGGACUGUGCUAGUGAGCCACUGGGCUCAAAGGACUGUGCUAGUGAGCCACUGGGCUCAAAGGACUGUGCUAGUGAGCCACUGGGCUCAAAGGACUAUGUUAGUGAGCCACUGGGCUCAAAGGACUAUGCUAGAGAGCUAAUGCCUUUACACAAUGUCUGGACAAAUUUUUAGUUGUCAAACUUUCUUCUAAAAGACUACUGGCUUAGAAUGGCUGAAGGAAUUUGGAAAAUCUCGGGCUAAGGGAGUUAAAUGCUGUAUAGAAGAAUGUGUUGUCCCCAAGGGAGUCAAAUUCAGUAUAUAGGGAAAUAAGGAUGAAUCUUGAAAAGUCUACUCUUUAAGUAAGGGUUAGCAGAUUUUAACCUUAUUUGGUAUUGAGCCUAUAUAAAUAAAAGGUGUGGACCUUCUUGGAAUUUAGAGUUAGAGCCAAACAGGAAAUGGGAAAGCUUUUAAACAAUUCAGUUUGGGUAAAGGUAUUUAAACCCAAUUCAGUUUGAGUAAAGGUAUUUAAACCCAAUUCAGUUUUGAUCAACUUAAAUUCAAAUGUUGUAGGGUGUGUACUUCUCAGUUGGAGAAGAAGGGCCAUGUAGGGGGAAAUCAGUCCAUUUUUAUUUUUAAAACUUUGUAUAAAUAUAUAUGGCUUAUUAUAAAUAAAGCAAAACACAAAGACUAGUAUAAUCGGCUAGUGCUUUUGCCCAUCUUGAGGCACUUCAGGCGAUUUAAAUUUAUUUGUGACAUCAUAAAUGGAGUACACAUACUUUAGACGUCAACAAUAAUGACGCCAUAAACAAAGUACACAUAAUACGGACAUCUUAAAAAGAUUACAUGAUAGUACUUGCAUUAAAUGCGUCAAUGAAAUAUAUGGAAAAAGAAACGGAACAUAUUACAAAUGCUCAAAUGAAUACUAUGGCUUAAUAUAUAUAUAUGAACACCGAGUUUGGUAAGAAUCAUUCAUACUUGGAGGAAACUCAAUUUUGUGUAAAUGAAGAAUAAAUCCAAAUUCAAAAUAAAGUUUACCAAUAAUGUAACAGGUGAGCAAUAGUCCCCUUAGACCUCAUGUUUCAAAAUGGUUUUUCAAUUGGAAAGUUCUUUGUGCCACUGUAAUUUUGGUUAUCAUUUAAUCUGUGUAUAAUAAGGUCAGAAAUGUUGUCAUUUCUGAAAAUAAUGCAAAAUAAAGAAGAUUGUUUUUCUUGCCAUUAACAAUAGCCUGGAGCUUUGAAGAGAAAGCUUUUGGAAACAGGUCCAGAGUCUGUUAUGUGAUUGAAUAUGCACUAUUUAUUAUCCUGUAUUGGUGUUCAAAUAUGAUAAUCGUCUAUGAUGUCUACAUGUAGUGCCUGCUUCUAUGAGGCAAGUAGGUUAUGUAUGGUAAUGAGAUUAAUUGAAUUAGAAAUGUGUGCUUAAAGCCUAUUUUAUUUUCAUCAGCCCAUUGAAAUCACAUUUUUGUCACAUCAAAAUAUUGAUCAAUUGUUCAUGCAAUCCAUGCACUAUACUUUUUAAUUAAAUGUAUCACUGUAGAUUUUAAAUCACUUAAAUUUUGUAAACGUGAUGUUUCGGCAGUAUUUUCAAGGGGCUUCAUUUGAAUUUGUUAGUAUAAAAAAUCAGUGCUGUAAAACCACUUGUUACACUAAAAGGAAAGAAAAGGAUGUGUUUUUAUGUAUUAACUAAUUGUUUAAGAGCAGGUAAACUUUGGGACCCCUAUAUUUGAAACUAUGCUCAUCCUAUAUAACACAAAAGUCACAUGUUCCUGUUCAGCUUACAAGCUAUCGAAGAUGGAAUUUUGAAGCAAAUCAAAUUGCUUAAUACUAACAUUAUGAACAUCAUAUUUCAUUCUGAUACAACUAGAUGAAGUUGAAAUAUCUUAUCUCUAAAUUAUGAUGCUAAAGGCAUUUCCUCAAUUCUGAUCGGACAUAGUAGUCCAGACAGUAUAGAUAUAUGGAGAGCAUUUACAAAUGAACCUACAGCUGUAAGUGGAUGUAUGGCAAUAGGCUGUGAGUGUGUAGGUGGAGUAGCUGUGUUAAUUUAAAUCACAUCCAUUGAAUUGUUGUCUGAUUUGCAUCCUCCAAAGCAGGGAGCAUGUUUCCUGUAGUUUUCUUGUUCACACAUUUUGUUUUUGUCACAUAGGCUUAACAUUUUGUUUACAAUAGUAUUUUUGUAUAGUCCCAAUACCUGUAUGUUUCUCAAAAUGUAUACCCGUGUGUCAGACUGGGAUUUUUAUACUGUAUUUUAUUGUAUUGAUAAAUCUUUUUAUUGUUGUUAUUCACAAACCCUGUUAUGUCUGUCAUUUAUCAUUGUAAGGUCAUUAUAUAACAUAAUUAUGUACUUUGUUCUAACAACUUUAAAACAUUUAAAACAAUGUAGUUGAUACAACAAUUGCUGCACAUAAAACUAAGCUGCUUGAUAAAUACAGUGUAUUUCCUUUCCAACCAAAUAACAAAUAUUAUACUUCUCUCAUUUAAAAGGUUUUUUAAAUAAGUUGUAAGAGGAUGAGUUUAAAGUAAAGAAAUCUAGCAAGCAUGUAAAUGUACAAGUACUUGUAUUUCAAUCAUACAUAACUGACUGUACAAUAACAUUAAGUACAGGUGUUGCUCAUCCUGUACAACAUUACACACUCGUAUAAUACGGAGUUUUUAUUUCUGUAGUAUCAGUACACCACUUCCAUUAAAUGAUAAUGUGAUGCAGAUUUGUAUUUUUACUAGACAGAUAUUCAAUCCCUGUGAAAGUGUCCUUCGUAAUAAAAAAGAACAUGAAAAUAUUAAUCCUUAACAUCGAUUCUUUUAAAGAGUGGUGCAUGAAAGUAAUAGAGUGUACGACUGGGGAUCCUAAUGGAAGCUGUCAUAUUUAAUAUACAAAUAUAUGGGUUCAAGCUUAUAAUGAAUGUGUUCACCCUUGAAUGUUUGUUCUAAUUACAUGUUAAAAUCAUUAUUAUUAUCCUACAUGUGCAUAUGAGGUCAUGUUGUUAUGAAUUGUUGACAAAAAUAAUUGUAAGUGAAUAAAUCUAUUUAUACUA